GUCUGUGUUGUCACCUCCUUUUUUCGUCCCGUUUGAAGGGUCUGCCUCAUAGAGCCCGAAAUGGCGCCUCAUCGCCUGCUAAUAUUUGGCGACCAAUCUACAAGUCCGUCUUCAACAAUCAAGGAAUUGCAACGACAGGCACAAGACUCUCCGGCGCUAUGCCAUUUUCUCGAUGCGACUGAGAAAAGACUUCGAUCCCAGUGGACGCCGGCGACAAUAGCAGAGCGCGGACUACUUCGACAAUUCGAAUCCUUCUCAAACCUGGUAGAACGAUAUACUCACCACAAAGACGCGGUUGUGUCGGGCGUCCUUCAUUGUACUGCUCAGCUCGGAUCCCUCAUACUUUUAGUUGAAAAUGACCCCAGCGUACUCGCGACGUUUACCUCUGUUCAUCUUCUUGGAUUUUGCACUGGGUUGCUUCCUGCAGCAGCGGCUGCAACGGCGACAUCCGCUAAGCAGUUACUGAAACUAGCCCCGGCAAUCGUUUCACUUUCCUUGUAUCUGUCAUUCGAAGCCCAUAAACGGUCAUGGGCGAUCGAACCAUCCAGCGACAGUUGGACAAUGGUGGUGUCCGAUAUCACGGCAGAAACUGUUCGAGACGAAUUGAAGGGACUUCAGUCCACUGAUGCUUAUUCUUCGCACAAACGAGCAUAUAUCAGCGCAGAAGUUGACUCCUUCGUCAGCAUUAGUGGCCCGCCGUCAACAUUGGAAUUGGUAGCAAAGCAUCUGCGCAGCCAUUUCCAUGACAUUCCUAUGCUGCUACCAAUUACUGCGGCAUACCAUGCAUCACAUCUGCCAAAGUCUGACAUAGAUAUUAUGCUCCGGUGCGCCGAGGUCCCAGACUUACCUAUUAGAGAGGAAGUGACUUUGAUGUCGACCAGCUCUGGAGACCUGUAUGAUGCGCGGUCAUUACACCAGAUCCUCGGCUAUGUCCUCGAAGAUAUAUUCCAAUUUCCAAUAUCGUGGAACAAGUCCCUUCAAUCAGUCAUAAAGCUUGUUCGAGGAGGUACCGUUAUUGUCUCAGCUGUUGGACCGACAAACCUGAGCAAGGCACUUUGUCGGGGGUUGACUGAAGGUGAAGUAGACGUCAGUGAAGUCCAUCAAUGUAUAGAGGAGACAGAAUACUCCAUCCGUAAUAAGCCAACUGAUGUUGCCAUAAUCGGUAUGGCAGGCCGUUUCCCUGGAGGCGAGGAUCUGGAUCAAUUCUGGGAGACCAUCAGCCAAGGCCGCGAUACGCACACGAAGAUUCCUGCUGAUUGUUUCGAUGUCGACAAACAUUAUGAUCCGACUGGAAAAACUAGAAAUGCUACAACUUCGCCAUAUGGGUGUUUCUUGUCACGUCCUGGGGAAUUCGAUGUCAACCUGUUCAAUAUGUCACCCCGCGAAGCGAAGACAGUCGAUCCAACACAGCGCCUUCUUCUGAUGACUGCGUACGAAGCUCUCGAAAGGGCGGGUUAUUCAGAUCAUCAGGGACGGCGUAUAGGCACAUUCUUUGGCCAAGCUACGGACGACUACCGGGAAACGAACGCAGGGCAGAACAUCGAUCUCUACUAUAUCCCUGGGGUCAUGCGCGCCUUUGGUCCAGGUCGCCUGAAUUACCACUUUAAAUGGGACGGCCCUUCUUACAGCAUCGAUACAGCGUGUUCGUCCAGUACCGCUGCCCUUGAAUUCGCAUAUAAUGCUCUUGCUACUGGGGAUUGUGACAUGGCGCUAGCCGGUGGAGGAAACAUUCUGUCAGGCCCGCAGAUGUUCUCUGGUCUCAGCCGUGGGGGUUUCCUUUCUCCGACUGGGGGUUGUAAGACAUUUUCUGACGAUGCCGACGGAUACUGCCGCGGAGAAGGUGUGGGAGUGGUGGUUCUGAAGCGGUUGGAUCGUGCUAUCGUGGACGGUGACAAUAUAGAAGCAGUUAUUAAGAGCAUCGUGACGAAUCACUCGGCCAAUGCGGCAUCCAUCACGCAUCCCCAUUCCCUGACGCAACAAAGGCUUUACCAGAAGGUCCUGCAGAAAGCCCUAUUGAAGCCUGAAGAUGUGCAAUACAUCGAGAUGCAUGGCACAGGGACCCAGGCUGGAGAUAAGACAGAAAUGGAGUCAGUAACAAAUGUCUUUGGACAGCAUCGUGAUAGUCCACUAUACAUUGGUGCAGUGAAAUCGAACGUUGGCCAUGGCGAGGGGGCUGCCGGUAUCACUUCUUUGAUCAAGUGCACCUUGAUGUUGGUGCACAAUCUCAUCCCUCCACAUCCUGGUAUCGAGGCGGAACUGAACCGUCACUUUCCACCGUUGUCAGAAAAUAACAUGCACAUUCCCCAGAGUCCGCUCCCAUUUACCCAGAGCACUGAGUGUGGAAAGAGGAGGAUUCUUAUCAACAACUUCAACGCAACGGGUGGAAACACGAGCCUUUUAAUUGAGGAUCCUCCCCCUAACAGAAAAGUCCUGGUUGAGACUACGCGGUCCCAUCACGUCGUCACCGUAUCCGCAAAAUCGCGCAAGUCAUUAGAUUGCAAUAAGCGGAAUCUCAUGGAUUAUCUCCGUUCCCAUUCUGAAGUCGGAAUUGAAGACAUAUCUUACACUACCACUGCGAGACGGAUGCAUCACAACUUUCGAAAGGCCUACAGCGUUACCAAUACCGUUCAUCUUAUCAAUGCGGUUGAGGAUGACCUCGGAAACAAAUUUUCGGAAAUACACAGGCCAUCAGAGCGUCCGCCAAUUGUUUUACUUUUUACGGGCCAGGGGUCGCAGUAUCCAGGAAUGGCAAAAGAUCUUUUCGAGUCUUGCGAAACGUUUAGAAAAGGGAUCCUCGAGCUGGAUUCCAUAGCCGUCAGUCUGCAGUUACCCUCAUUCUUGGAAAUCAUCAGUACUGGAGGCCAGGCGAUGCCAUGUCUAUCACCAGUGCAAGCGCAGGUAGCAUUGGUAGCUUUAGAGAUCGCGCUCGUCGAUUUAUGGAAAUCUUGCGGAAUCAUCCCGGACAUGGUCCUGGGACACAGUCUAGGCGAAUAUGCUGCAUUAUGCACCGCGGGAGUGUUGUCGGUCUACGACACCAUUUUUCUGGUGGGAAAUCGAGCGCGUUUGAUGGAGACCUACUGCACACCCUAUGAGCACGGCAUGUUAUCGAUCGUAAGCGAUGUUCGUUCCGUCGAGAAUUAUCUGAACACUGCAGGGUAUACCACAUGUGACAUCGCCUGCAUUAACAGCCCGUCAGCUACAGUUGUGAGCGGUCCCAUGCAGGAUCUCAUCGCGUUAAAGGACAGCUUGGGUCAUAUUCGGUCGACCAUGCUCGAAGUCCCAUUUGCCUUCCAUUCGUCUCAAGUCGAUCCCAUUCUUUCCGACUUCCGUCGCCUGAUGGCCACCAUCCAAUUCCAUGCGCCUAGAGUCCCUGUCAUAUCAACCCUCACUCCAGGGAAAGUCGACUGGCAGGGCGUAUUUGGGCCGGAGUACCUCAUUCGACAAUCACGGGAGCCAGUGAGGUUCUUGCAGGCCGUUGAAGAGUGCCGAAACGAUGUAAUUGAUGAAUGGAGUGCAAUGUGGCUUGAAAUCGGUCCUAGUCCGGUCUGUUUGGGUAAUUUGCGGUCAAUUCAGUCAAUAGACCCGGAAAAAAUGCUUCCCACUCUGCGCCGUCGGCAGAGUUGCUGGGAUACUAUUACGCAUGUCUUGUCUUGCUUAUACGAUGCGGGGGUAGACAUACGGUGGUCCGAAUAUUGCAGGGAGCAAUCGAGUAGUCUUCAAUUACUUGACUUGCCCACAUACGCAUUCGAUUUGCAAAACUACUGGAUUCCGUACGAGGAAGACAAAUCAACAACACCACGAAACGCGGCAUCGACUAUACCGAGGUUCGUUUCAACUUGCUUACAUCGCAUCGAAGAGGAGUCAGACGGCAAUGGCUACCGUGGAGUUACGUUUGUCACAGACUUGACGGACACAGCCUUGCUCGAAACGAUCUAUGGCCAUCGUGUAAAUGGACUUGGUUUGUGUCCAAGUUCUGUCUAUACGGAUAUGGCUUUGAGUGCGGCUUCCUAUGUGCAACAGAAUAUCAAAUGUUCGUCAGUUUCGGAAGAUAUGAGUGUCAUGCAUCUCAGGAUAAAUCGACCGCUGGUCGUGCCGCAAAGCUGUGACCGAUACGAUAUCAAAGUGCACUGUGAAUACCUGGAGGAUAAAUCAUGCUUUGAAAUUACGUUUCGCUCACAGACAGACCAGGGACCUCAAGAGCAUGGCCGGUGUAUCGUGGGGCUUGGGCAGCAUGCAAAAUGGAAAGACGAAUGGCGUCGUACAAUACAUUUGAUCAAGUCACGGAUAACAGCCUUGUCGGGUCACUCGAGGACAGGAUCUACACACCGCAUCUUGAAGGACAUGGUGUACAAGCUCUUUUCAAGGGUGGUGACAUACGGAGAGCGAUACCGAAGUCUCCGAGAAGUCUUCCUCGACAGCAAAGAGUACGAAGCGGCUGCGACUGUCCAGUUUUCAGCGAACGCGCAGACAGAUAAAUUCACAAUCAGUCCCUACUGGGUUGAUGCAACUAUUCAUCUCGGAGGAUUUUCUCUCAAUGCGCAUCCGAGCAUUCCCGAUAACCUGGUUUAUAUAUCCACUGGGUGGGACGAUCUUUAUGUCGCUGCUGCAUUGUCAGCCGAAAAACAGUAUACCAGCUACGUUCGCAUGCAGGAUUCGGGACACGGACUGUACAUUGGAGACGUUUACCUUCUAGACGACGAUAUGGUUGUGGCCAUAUGUGCGGGACUACGCUUUCAGGAGAUGAAGAGCAGUUCAUUGCAUGCGAUAUUGCAAUCGACUCAAGUAGCCGCUCCUUCAUUUGCCCCAGAGUCUACGACAGAGAAUAUUACGGUCCCAGACACCCAGAGCUCAAUCAUCGAGAUCCCACUGUCCACGGAGUCCAUUUUUAGAAAAGUCAAGUCUAUCAUCGGGGAGGAGAUAAAUAUGGAUCCCAGCAAUAUAUCAGAAAAUGUGAGAUUCGAAGAAUUGGGAAUCGACUCCAUUCUACGAAUGACGAUAGUAUCGAAAAUCCAGGGAGAAAUAAACAUUUACCUCUCUUUGUCCGCUUUCGAUGAUUACCCAACCUUGGCUGCUCUUCGAGGACAUAUUCAAGGGAUGCUUGGGAUAAGCAACAGCAACGGUUCGAGUAGUUCUUCAUCGUUGAUGAGCCCGAUUAUUACUUCGACACCCUCGACACAGCAUGAGAGCGUUCGUCCAUCGUCGGAGUCACGGACUCCUUCGUUAGAGAUUGCUGCAACAGCAAAACAGUUCUAUAGUCAACCGAUUCUGCUAUCCGGACGCCCCAUACACGGUGCUCCCAUACUGUUUCUGAUGCCCGACGGCGCUGGUUCUCCGUCUUCUUAUGCCAUGCUUCCAACGCUGCCUCAUGGAAUCGCAGUUUACGGACUCGAGUCUCCAUUCUGUCACAAACCACUUGAAUGGAAUUGUUCAUUCGACAAAGUGGCGACUAUGUACAUGGAUGCUAUUCGCAGGAUUCAACGACACGGUCCAUAUAUAUUGGGCGGAUGGUCUUUGGGUGGAAUACACGCGUAUGAAGUCGCACGGCAGUUACUCCAUGCCGGUGAGAAAGUUCAAGGUCUUCUUCUGAUUGAUGCUCCGAACCCGAACUUUCUGGGUCAUAUCUUGGAUCCCGUCGUCGAACUGCUCGAAGAUACUGGUAUAAUGGUAGCAGCCGAGCGAGUUAACGAAGGGAAACACUUGGAGUUGGAACGCGUCAAGAAUCAUAUGUGCAAAUGCGUUGAGUCUCUCAAACACUAUGUUCCUGAUCCAAUGGGUCCUGACAGUCGACCGGACCAUGUAUUUGCUAUAUGGGCAGCGGAUGGCGUCGAGCAAUGGAAUGACAAACCCGUGGAAGACCCUAGUGAAACUACUGUGACAGCAAAGGAAGAAGUGCGUCAAUUGCAGCGAUGGAUGGAGUGGCGAACUACGUCAUUUGGUCCAAAUGGAUGGGAUAGAAUGGUCGGCGAGGUAGAGUGCCAUGUUGUUGAAGGGGACCAUCUCUCUAUACUCCGUUCGCCUUGGGUGAGUGCUCGGAUUCCAUUCAAUUUUGUCUUUGUCUAACAUAUAUCAGGUUGAGAAUACUGGACAUUUGGUGGCAGAAGCCGUUGACCUGUUCCUAGGUCGAGACGUAC